GCACACUAUCUAAAGUCGUACCGAUACAAGAGUCGUACUCGGAGUCUCAAUGUUAACAAAGCGAACUAUUCAGUGCCAGUACCUAUUGAUAAAUUUCGACAUCGCAUAUUUGCGUCCGCGGUCCCAGUGCUCAAUCCUUCAGUGCUAGUGCCCCCAGUGUGCCACAUCACAUCAGCCGAAGAAAAAUGUUAAAGCCCUUAGACCUGCAGACCCUAAGCUUAUUAAGCAAAUGUUAGGUUAAGGGAUAUAAGAGCAAGAUAUGAAUCAUUCUGUUGGGCUGUUAGAACGUCUUUCACCUAGGCCUACCACUUGUCCUUUAGUCCGAUUAGGACAUAACAGCUCUAGUACCGAUGACACAAAUACAUCAACAGAUGGAGGUGAAAAAUAUCAACCCUAUCAGUACGACGAGUACAGCCAAGAUGACCGAAUAUUCCAUAACGGCCACACACUUGACGCUGGUUAUAUGCAGAAACAGCAUGGUUCUUCUGAUGAAUCCGACUAUAUGCCGACAUAUUAUGACCAGCCUCAUUCAUACCUUAGUGAAGGCCCAGAUUAUCAUCACAAACAAGAUCAUGCCUUAUUGACUACAUCAAAUUUAAAGUAUGCAAAAGGUUCCAUUGAUUUAUCUACAAUAUGCUUGGGAACAUCUUAUUGGGAGAAUAAUCAUUACGAAAACAAGGAAAGUGUAAGUGAAGCAUCAAAUCAAUAUUUCAUACAGCAGAAUCAACCUCACAACUCGCCAUACAUUUUCGAUAAUUUUCGGAAAGUUGGAAAAUCUAGUCCUAGCCUUGACCAAGGCUACGCCACCUUGGUUACACCUGGUGGUUCCUCAAACACUAGCAUUUGGGGCGAUGGAAACCUCUACAAAGGAAAGAAAUACCAGCCUAAAAACAAUUCUUUUGAUAAACUCCCAGACGACUUGGUCCUUAAAAUAUUUUCCUUUCUGAAUAGUCUGGAUUUAAGUACUUGUGCUCAGGUAUGUAGGAGGUUUGAUACACUUGCCUGGAUUCCGUCUCUUUGGAGAGUGAUUACGUUGGACGGUGAGAAUAUUAAUGGCGAUAAGGCGAUCAAAGGUGUUCUUCGACAGCUUUGUGGUCAAGGAAGAACUGGAGCUUGUCCUAGUGUUGAAAAAAUCCACAUUACUAACGGCACCAAAAUAUCAGAUAAGAGCUUGUUGCUCUUAGCGAAGAGGUGUCCAGAAUUGACUCACUUACAACUGCAUGGAUGCACUAACAUCACUAACAACGCUCUAUUUGAAAUCGCUACAAGAUGCACGAACUUGCAACACCUGGAUAUCACAGGUUGUGUAAAAAUCUCCUGCAUCAGCAUCAAUUCUUUACCGGAUGCUACCAAAAGGAUGCAACUGCAGUAUCUAGACCUCACUGAUUGUGUCGUGAUUCAGGACGGAGGACUAAGGAUUAUUGUAAGAAACUGCCCACAACUUGCCUAUUUAUAUUUGAGAAGAUGUAUUCAAAUUACAGAUGCUGGUUUAAAAUAUGUGCCAAGUUUUUGUUCUGGACUCCGAGAACUUAGCGUGAGCGACUGUUCCAACGUGACGGACUUUGGAUUAUACGAACUAGCUAAAUUAGGACCAACCUUACGAUACUUGUCUGUAGCGAAAUGUGAUCAAGUGAGUGAUGCCGGUUUAAAAGUGAUAGCGAGAAAAUGUUACAAAUUAAGAUAUUUGAAUGCCAGAGGUUGCGAGGCAGUAUCGGAUGACGCCAUAACUCUAUUAGCUAGAUCUUGUACUAGACUUAGGGCCUUAGAUAUAGGAAAAUGUGAUGUGAGCGACGCUGGACUACGAGCUCUAGCCGAAUGCUGUCCUAACUUGAAGAAAUUGAGCCUAAGAAAUUGUGAGCUUGUUACAGAUCGAGGGGUGCAAUGUGUGGCUUAUUAUUGUAGAGGACUCCAACAACUCAACAUACAAGAUUGUCAAAUAUCCCUAGAAGGGUAUAGAGCUGUUAAAAAGUAUUGCAAGAGAUGCGUUAUUGAACAUACGAAUCCUGGAUUCUUUUAAAGUUUGUUGCUUUAUUUAUAAUUU